GAGCUGCGCCAGCGGGCUGGGCGCGCUCCGCUGCUGGGCGCGCAACGCCCGGGGCUGUCUCCACCUCUUCUGGCAAGUUGGACCUAUGAGUGCGCAGCUCGACUUACAACUGUCGGGAGGGUGAGCGCGUGCGAGCGCCAAGGGGGCGCGGGACCCUUGCAGCGUCGCAGGACCCCGGCGGGGCGCCCACGUCCGCUGCCGCCGGAGAGCCCCGCGCCCACGCCCCCGCUCCGCGCACGGUGGAGGAGCCCCGGGGCCGUCCUGCCAUCCCCGACGGGAUGCCCGCUGCCAUGCUCCCCCACAUUUGCGUCCUGGUGCUUUGGGGAGCCUGCACCACGGAGGCGGCUGCGGUGGCAGAGGGCAGCCACCUGCGCUGGGAAUCCCACUGCCAGCAGCCCCUGCCUAACCAAGCACCUAUCACUGCAGUGCUGCCCCCGCGCCUUGACGGGCUCUGGAUCUCUACUGGCUGCGAGGUUCGCCCCGGGCCGGAGUUCCUCGCCCGAUCCUACACCUUCUACCCCAACCGCUUCUUCCGAGCCUACCAGUUCUACUACAGGGACCCCUUCUGCCGGGAGCCUGCCCACUCCCUGCUCAUCAAGGGCAAGGUCCGCCUGCGCCGGGCCUCCUGGAUCACCCAGGGUGCCACCGAGGCCGACUACCAGCUGCACAAGGUGGGCAUCGUCUUCCACGACCGCCACGCUCUGCUCAACAUCGCCAGGCACCUCAACCAGACCCAAGCUGGCCGGGAUUGUGCCUGGCAGUUGCCCCCUGCUCGGGCCUGGCUGCCCGGGGCACUGUAUGAGCUGCUGAGUGCCCGGGCUGAGCGGGACUGCACAGCAGCCCUGGGCUUCACCAUGCAUGAGCUCAGCCUGGUCCGCAUGCAGCGCCACCUGCAGCGGCAGCCCAGGGCCGGGCCCCAUCUCGUGGAGGAGCUGUACCUGGGGGACAUCCAUACCGACCCAACAGAGCGGCACCACUACCGGCCCACCGGCUACCAGCAGCCCCUGCAGAGUGCCCUGCACCACACUCGCCCCUGCCUGGCCUGCAGCCUCGUUGCCCGCUCUGAUGAGCACCACCCACCGGUGCUGCCCCCACAGGCGGCACUGCCCCUGCGCCUGGGCGGCCGGUGGGUCAGCCCUGCAUGCGAGGUGCGCCCUGCUGUGCUGUUCCUCACCAGACUCUUCACCUUCCACGGGCACAGCCGCUCCUGGGAAGGGCACUACCGCCACUUCUCCGACCCUGCCUGCCAGCAGCCCACCUUCACUGUCUCUGCGGCUGGGCACUACACCAGGGGCAGGCCAUCCACCAAGGUCCGCGGCGGCACCGAGCUGGUGUUCCAGGUCACACAGGCCCGUGUGACCCCCAUGGAUCAUGUCACCACCGCCAUGCUCAACCUCUCGGAGCCAAGCAGCUGCGGGGGCCCGGGGGCCUGGUCCCUGGGAACCGAGCGGGAUGUCACGGCCACCAAUGGGUGCCUGCCGCUGGGCAUCAGGCUGCCCCACAUGGAGUAUGAGCUUUUCAAGAUGGAGCAAGACCCUCUCGGGCAAAGCCUGUUGUUCAUCGGACAACGGCCCACUGACGGGUCAAGUCCUGACACCCCCGAGAAGCGCCCCACCUCCUACCAAGCACCCCUGGUACUCUGUGACGGGCUGGUUCAGGACUCCCCUGGGUCCCUGGGGCACAGGCCUCUCAGUGGCGGGGUUCCAUGUCCUCAAAAGGCCCCUCUCCCCUUCCUGCUGCUAAUUCUAGGGCUGGCCUUCCUCAAGCAGCUAUGAAAUUGGUCUUUGACUUGUGGACAGCUCCUCGGGGCCCCCAUCGGACCCCAGGGUCCCUUCUGGCACAGACCCCUCCACCUGUCUGAGCAGGGCCGGCUCUGCCCUCUGCUCGGCUGGGACAGUUACAUGGCCCACUGCUCUCAGCUCAGCUGUGCCCCAGGGGGCCCAGCGCCUGAGUUCAACGGCACCUGCAAAGUCCAUACGGUGGCCGGCGGCCAGCAGGUGACUCGAGCCCUGGCCGGGAGCAUGGGCUUCACAGCCAUGUCAAUUGUCCUGAGCUUCUGAACACUCGCCCCCAAGUUCAGAGGGCAGAUCGGACCCAGCACCAGAGGUGGACCGCGCUGGGCCUCCCUGCCCGACAGCACCCCCUUCUCUCCCUGGACGUCAUGAAAUUGGAGCAGGGCUCUGCACACGAUGCCGCCACCGCUUUGCCAUGCCUGGGGUUGUGUUUAAAGAUUAUUAAUUCUAGUUUAGCAAUACACACUCGAGCCGGAGCCAUGAAUUAAAGAUGCUGCUGUGGGCUUUCAGAACUUCUCAGCUCUCUGGCAGAGGGCUUAUCUCUCUGGGGGCACCUCCGCUUUCUUGAGUUGUGACUGCUGGCAUUUGUCUGCCCUACCUGUGUUUCUGUGAGUCGGGCCUCGAGCUGCCGACACUGCGUGCGGAUAAACCCAGCCCUCCUGGGCCAGCACGCGGGUGCAGGUGGCCCCAUCCGAGCAGAGAUGCAGGGCCCCCUUGCCCACACCGAACACCAGCGCGCCGGGCUGGCUGCUGGGGGCAGAUCUUUGGAGGAAAGCAGCAUUCCAGCCUUUGGAAAGUAAUUAAUCCUAAUGAUAGCAGGAACACUAACGCGCUCUGUAAUUAGCCCGGCGUCAGCGUCCUCUGCUUGCAAGAUUCCCUGUGCUUGACUGACAGGAAGGGAGAGGAAGCUCUGCGUGUGUCUUUGGCACCAUCACAGGGAGAGGUCGGGGUCGUGGGGCUACAGGGCAGCAUCGGGAGGAGGCAGCCCGCUCGCCACAGUGCGAAUGCGCCAACGUGUCUGCUCAGGGGUGGCUGCCACCAAGGUGCAGACAGGCUGUGCCUCGCCAGGGGCCAUGCCUGUGUUCCCAGGGCCUCAUGGGCACACUGAGAAGUUAACUGGCAUCCUGGUGGGCUCGAGGGUUUCUGGGACUGUGUGCCCAUGAUUCACCCUCCUUCCUCUGCCCGAUGCUCAUCUCUGGAUCUUAUCACAGAUCUUGAACAAUAAUUGUCUGUGAGGCUAAUGAUUCUUUCAGAGGGAAGCUCUUGUUCUCCGUUAGAUUGUGUGGGGUUCAAUCAGCCCGCUGAAACUGCUCUAACUUAUCUACCCAUUCUUCUUGAAAAAAAAAAACCAAAAAACCCAACACGUUAAUAUUCUCUGUGGGUCUCAGAGAGCUAUGAGUGUUCCUGGCAUAUUUACCAAAGUACAAGAAGUAAUUAGAUUAUUUACGGUCACAGACUACAUCAGGAUGGGGGGUGGGCUUCCCGGUGGGGAUGAGGUUGGGUGUGGAUAAUGUGUCCAUGGCUGAGCAAGUCUUGUAUCCGAGGCUUCAGGCAACCGUGCCACCAUUUAUCAUCACAAUUGAAUCUUUUAAUAAAAUUGAACAGCCUGAAAAAUGUUCUUCCUGGUUAUUAAAGUCAACCACGGGGAUUAUGGUUCUAAAGAAAGGAAGUGAAAUGUCUUCCAGAGAAUGAGUGAAAGAGAA